GUCAAACCCGCGUCAACAUCACGGAGCUGUUCAUGCUGUUCAAAGCACCAUGAAGGGAAACUAAAACAGCUCUGUGUUUUGAAGCUGAUUGGUUUAAUAAAAGUAACAGGAGUAGUGCUCGUCACUACUGUUUGAUUGUUGGCUGAGAUAAAGGAGGAGCCGGCGGAUGAGGCAUCGUUCAAAAAGAACUGAUAUCUGACAAAUCGAGCAUGGCAGGAGUGUUUGACAUUGACCUGGAGACUGAAGACAUCAGUGAUACAGAGGAUGAUGUCUGUGACUUCACAGUGACAGAACCAGAGAAUGUUCAGACCGAGGAGGUGGAGUUGACCAGCGAAAGUGUCAACAGAGACAGUGAGAGAGUGGGACCUGACUGCUUUGAGCUUCUCACUGUGCUGGGAAAAGGGGCCUAUGGCAAGGUUUUCCAAGUGAGGAAAGUUCAAGGUGCUCAGACGGGGAAGAUAUUUGCCAUGAAGGUCCUGAGAAAGGCGAAGAUAGUGUGCAAUGCUAAAGACACAGCACACACACGAGCAGAGAGGGAGAUCCUGGAGACGGUGAGACACCCGUUCAUCGUGGAUCUGCUCUACGCCUUCCAGACUGGAGGAAAGCUUUACCUCAUACUGGAGUGUCUGAUCGGAGGAGAACUGUUCAUGCAGCUGGAGAAAGAAGGAAUCUUCAUGGAGGACACUGCAAGUUUCUAUCUAGGAGAGAUCACAAUGGCCCUUGGUCACCUUCACUCAAACGGGAUUAUUUACAGAGACCUCAAACCUGAAAACAUCAUGCUUAAUCACCAAGGACACAUCAAGCUAACAGACUUUGGUCUUUGUAAAGAAUCAAUUCAUGAUGGAUCUGUCACUCACACCUUUUGUGGCACCAUAGAGUACAUGGCUCCAGAGAUCCUGACCAGGACGGGACACAACAAAGCAGUGGACUGGUGGAGCCUCGGGGCCUUGAUGUACGAUAUGAUGACUGGAUCACCCCCCUUCACAGCUGAAAACAGGAAGAAGACCAUCGAUAAGAUUUUAAAGUGUAAACUGAAUCUGCCACCAUACCUGACCAUCGAUGCCCGGGACCUUAUCAAGAAGCUGCUGAAGAAGAAUCCAGCUCAAAGACUCGGCUCCAGUAAAACGGACUGUGCUGAUAUCCAGAAACAUCCGUUCUUUAAGCACAUCAGCUGGGAUGACCUGCUGAACAAAAGGCUGGAGCCGCCAUACAAACCACAGCUGCAAUCGGACGAGGAUGUGAGCCAGUUUGACACCAGAUUUACCCGACAGACACCAGUGGAUAGUCCAGAUGAUACAACCCUCAGCCACAGUGCAGAGCUGGCCUUCGCUGGUUUCACCUACGUGGCUCCGUCUGUCCUGGAGAGUCUAAAGGAAGGCUUCUCAUUCGAACCCAGAACACGACCCGUACGCCGACACAACAGCAGUCCACGCACGCCCAUCAGUCCUCUGAAAUUUUCCCCAGCCGGACCUUUUAAGUCCAGCAUGGACGGAGAGCCCGACGUUUUCUCUCCCACCUCCCCACCGGCAGCUCCAAUUCGCGGCGCUCUGGAAAACGGAGUCGCCAGUCAGCCGAUCAGGACGCCUGCGAGGAACAAGAAGCAGAAGGCACUUCGGCGAUGAGGAAGAAGUCUCGGGAGAAAAGCUCGGUCAAGUCAACUUUUUUUUUGCGGGACUCAGCGACUGUUGAGGCACAGAGCUAAAGGGUUUGGUGCUUGCAGGUAUCAUGCUUGUUUGGAGUGGUUUAACAUAUACAGUUUCACACUGGGGCUUUCUUUUCUUGAUAUCUGUUUGUCAACACUUUUAAACUCCAUAUUCACCGGAUCAACCUGGAAUGAUUGAGCUUUUUUUUUACGUUGUGACGACUGAUCUUCAGUUUUAUCACUCGUCUCAGGUGGUCACAUCAGUUCAUAAAGCUUUAAUUUAUUCCUUCCAUGUGCUGCACUUAUAGCUGACACUGUUGUAAAUAUGUGAAAAAAAGGAUCUAUAUAAUAAUAUUUUCUACAUAUAACCCUUGACAGAGGGCAACAGAAGCACAGAUUUUUCUACUUAACUUUCUGAAUGGAGCUAAAGUCGAGGUCAGGUAAAUGAUUGAUCGUAAUGUUUCAACAUGCUUUGACAAUUACAGCAAAGGGAAAAUAAUAUAAAGUUUUUUGGGGGGUUUAAUUAGUUCAUCAGCUUUUAAUUAGUUCAUCAGAGUUUGUGCUCGGAGGUCAGCUAUCACAGGCUGACAUUUUAAUUAGAGAGCUGAUGAAGGAUCGCUUGAUGGAGGUCUGAUUUCUUUACAAUUACAGUUGAUCUGUGAGACUGACCUUCAGCCAUCGGCUUAUCAAAAAAAAAACUCUUUAUUACCGCUGUCUCACAAGUGACGAUUCUUUUGACCAAUCAGGGGACCGCAGUGUGUCUAGCUCCUCCCUUUAGGGUCGGAUCAGUACACUUUGCACCCCAACAGAAGGGUAAGGGCAAAA